CCAAUGACCCGAUAAGUCUGCCGCUGGGAACAAGCUAUAAUGCAUGCCAUAAAUUUCGAGAACCUUUAAGAAUUGUCCCGGGGGGUUGAGCCAACCGUCACGGCAUAGAGCGGAUUCCGGAUACCAUAGUGUCGGCACACCACGCGUUAGUCUGUCUAGCCCCGUCAGUACCUGCUGUCUCAAUGGGCUUGCAUCUAGCCUGUAUCAUUCAAGGCUAUUAGUGUCUGAUUCUUCGCCUUAUCCAGUUUCUCGGUGCACCCUUGCAGCAUCCCAUGACCAGAAGCUAUCGGUGAUGCUAUCUCACUCCAAAACCUUUCAUGGCAAUGCUGUGGUAGUUAUCCAUGCUACCCAGAAAAUAGCCAGGAAACCAAAUCUCCGAAGACCAUGUUUCCCUACGCUUGAGCACAAGCCUCAGUAUCGAAAGGAACAAAACCGCUCUUCUGGAUCUUUAACUAAUUAUUCGAGGCCAUUGUCUAAGACACCAUUACUCUUGUCUAUCCAUUGUUCGCUGCGCUCAAAGAUUGGCUUUUUCAGCGAAUUCAAGCCUCACAGGAUCGGGCAAGCGUACAGAUCUCAUGCAUCCGAUGCUUGCCCUGAACCAAUAACCGGAGAACCUAAUAGCUCUGCAGAAUUCGCCGGUAUCAGUCGAGCCAGCUCUCUGGCUCAAGAGGGGUGUUUCAAACCCGUGCCACCCCUUCGUAACUCAAUAGCUGAUCGAAACUCGCACCCCUCGCCAAAAUUCUGGAGCCAUAACUCCCAUAAGAGUCCUGAUGGGAAGGAUAUCACCGUACAUUACUGCAAAUCGUUGAAAAGCACGGAAGAAGUUGCAAGGUACUUUUUAGAGGAUCAGGUCCUGGGGUUUGAUAUGGAGUGGAAAGCCCAGGCCUCCGCGUCUGACACGAUCCAAAACAAUGUGUCUCUAAUCCAACUUGCGAACAAAAGCCGCAUCGCGUUAUUCCAAGUCGCAUUGUUCAAGCCGGCCCGGAAUGUUAACGACCUGGUCGCUCCUUCUUUGAGAAAAAUACUCGAGUCUCCAGAUAUCACCAAGGUUGGAGUAUCUAUAAAAGCAGACUGCACUCGCUUACGAAAGUUUCUCGACAUCAAUGCGCGCGCCAUAUUUGAGCUCAGCCAUCUGCACAAGUUGGUCAAAUACUGCCAUUCAAAUCCACGCUUGAUCAAUAAGAGACUCGUUAGCUUGAACGACCAAGUGGAAGAGCAUUUUGGGCUACCGUUGGUGAAGGAAGAUACCGUCCGCUGCAGCGACUGGACAGUUGCCCUUAACUACCCCCAAGUACAAUAUGCUGCCACAGAUCCGUAUGCAUGUAUCUGUCUAUUCGAUGCUCUGAAUGCCAAACGGCAGUUGUUAGAUCCCAUGCCCCCUCUACCAGCACAUGCCGAGUUGGAUCUACCAAUUCGAGUAGCAUAUGAACCCUCCAAGAAUAUUGAUUCCGACGACCCUGAGGCAGUCGACCAGAGAAUAGAUUCGCCAUCCAAGGAAGACCUAUAGCAUGUCAAGUUGGAUGGCAGUAUUUUAUGGCUUUCAUGAACACCUAAAGCAGAAGAAGAUUGAAUACCGUGUGCAAUUCAGUUUCCUUUCUUUUCCCCUUGCUUUUCCAUUUUGACAUUUUGGAUACCAAAGUCUUUGCCGUUAGAAGCGACCAUAUGUGACGAAUUUUCU